AUGUCCGUGUCUGCAGAUGAAGAAGAGAAGACGGAGCCAAAAGAGGAUGGCCGCGUCUUCGAAUUCGAGGAGUUCGACCAGCUUCGAAAUGGACAGACCUACAUCAUCGAGGCGGCUGGCGAGCGUGAGGACUUGAAGAAAAUCACAGGUGACCGCUUCCGCCGUCUCAAGGUGCAGAUCGACCCGAUGCUGCAUGUGGAGGCUGUGAAGGCCAUCGACCGCAUGCGCCGUGGUGCCAAUCUUCUGAAGCACACGCACUACGGCUUUCCACACCUGCGGCAGUUCCAGUUGAGCGACGACAAGCGCCGCCUCAUUUGGUACUCAGGGGCCAAAAGGAAGGAGGAUUCCAUGGUGAACCUGGAAGAGGUGGUGGAGAUCAAGCUGGGGCAGCAGACGCCAGUGUUCCUGCAUUACCGCCUGCCCAUGCUCGAGCACUUGUCCUUCUCCAUUGUCUACGGCCCCAAGGGCUCAAAGACGCUGGACUUGACCUGCAAAGAUGAGUUCGAGUUCGAUCAUUGGGUGACCGGUCUGAAAGCCAUCUUCUAUGCCUGCAAGAACAAGCAGAUCUCCAAAGAAGCGCUCUUGGCUCACUCCAAGCGCUUUCAGAAGGCACUGGAGAAGAACAACGUGGGGAUCAAGUUGACAAAGUUGCCAGAAGUCAAGGAGAAGGGCCACGUGGGGCUCGAUGACUGCAUCGAGAUCGUGACCCACACUCCGCAGCAGCUGGACACGAAGAUGGAGAGGCUGAGGGAGCGGCUGAAGACCAUGAGCCAGCAGGUCUCCCGCCUGGAUCACCACUCCGCGGCCGAAAUGGAGGUCGACCUGUCACUUCUGACAGGCUCAAGGAGACAGCUAGUAGUUCACGAUCCGUCAAAACGUGGAUCGGAGAUGCUGCAAGUGCUGAUGAUGACAUCGGGGCGUCAGAUCUCGGCCCUCCGGAAAGAGGACUUCAAAGAUCUUGCGGCAGCACAUGGUGAGCAUUCUGUCCGAUGCUUGAAAGAACAUCUUGCUCAAGUGACUGGCCAGCCCAGGUUCAAGCAGCGCAUUCUGCAUGCUGGAGCGAUUUUGCUGGACGAUGCCCGCCUUGAGCUGCCGGUCGUGUUGCACCUCGUGUUCGUGCCAUUUUGUGCUGACGCCCGAUAUCUUGAGCUUUUCAAUAUCGCAAUCUCGUUGGAUUUCGACAAGGUAGUUGAGGCCGUGUUGCAGCACCCUCAAGAUCCUAAUGCAAUCUUGGACGGCGGCAGAACUUGCUUGGGGGUGGCCGCUAGCCAUGGCAGUUUGAAGUCGGCAACGUUACUGCUGGAGGCAAGGGCUGACCUUGAGAAACCUGGCAGGACUUUGAAACGGGUGCCGUUGAACCAUGCGUGCCUCCAUGGCCAGACGGACUUUGUGCGCUGGUUGCUAGAGUCCCAUGCCGACCCAGACAAAUCCGUAUUAGAAUCUCCAUCCCCACUGGAGGAUGCGAGCAUCAUGGGGUGCGCUGAAAUUGUGCGUAUUCUUCUGGAGGCCCAUGCCGAUGUCAAUGCACCUUCGAUAAGUGGCACACCCCUGCACAUUGCAUGUGCGCAGGGUGAAGUGGAAGUUGCCCGCUUGUUGCUGCAUGGCCGAGCCGAUGUCACUAUGGGGGACCGCAUGGGCUUGACGGCGUUGCAUGUGACCUGCGUGCGAAGUCAACUUGAAGCUGCACGCUUGUUGUUGCAACAUCGGGCUGAGGCAGAGCAGGCUUGCCACCUUGGGUACACAGCCCUGCAUUGUCAAACAGAGACCGUGCUCCACUUGGUCCAGCAGGGGGCAAAGGCAAACUGCACUGACAGUUUUGGCUCGGCACCUGUGCAUGUGGCCUGUUCCUAUGGCCACGCAGAGAUUGCACGAGUGUUGCUUCGAAGCAAUGCAGACAUCCGCGUUGGGGGACGGCUCGAUUCAAUACUGGAUGCUGCACGUGCGAAGGGAUUCCAUGACAUCGUGGCCUUGCUCACGGAGGCAAGCAGUGACAGUAGACACUGCAAGCGGAGACGGCGAGCGAAAGGCCAGGGCCCCGCGUAUGCAAGCGUUUUCGUCCAGGACGAAGAUGCCCAGGACGAGGAGAUGGAGAUCAGGCGGAUGCACGAGUUAGUGGAGCAGACGACGCAGGUGCUGCAGCAGGCGCGCAACGAGCUCAUCGCACUAAACCAGCGGCAGAGGUCGGAGAGCUCAACGAGCAAUACCGAGGCAAAGGCCAAGAAGAAGGAGACGGCUGCUUGUAAGCACAUCGACCAGCUCCUGUGGAAAGCAGAAGUUGACUUGGAGAACGUGGAGGACAUGUACCUCAGGCACAUCGACAAUCAGAAGGACACGUACUCGCUGGCUGACUUCAACCAGACGGUCUCCCGCACGAUCUCCGACCUCGAGGACGACCUCAAACCCUAA